GGGAAGCAUGAGCGGGCUGAAUAAGGACAGUUCUUACAGUGACUAUAAUAACUAAUCAUGUCUUGCUUGAGAAAACAAUAUUUUACCCUUUCAUUUCUCGCUUUAGUGAUUAUUUGCUUAACGGUGCUUGUAAAGAAAUGGCACUUCGGUCUCAGAGGGAGUUUUGGGGAGUUUACUGCUCUGAACACGGACUUACUUCAGCAGAUGAGAGAGAGACAGCAGGAGAUUGCACCGUUUUACACCUUAAAUCAUGGGCAUCGAUCAUUAGCAAUACAGUCGACUUUUCCCAGCGCAGGCGCAGUAAGAGAUACAAUCCUGGAUGCUUUGCGACCUGAGAUUGAAUGCAGUGAUCUGAGCGGCUUGACAGUUGUGCAUUUGCUCGGCGCAGGUUACACUAAAAUGGUGUUUAAAGUGGUUUUAGUGCAGGGUUUACAAGUGGCAUUGAAAACCGUGAACCAUCAGGGGACAGACAUGAGAGCUUGCUUGGAGGAUUUCAGGGAUCCGCAGGGCUGCCUGGACCUCGUGUCCUUUAAACUGAGAAAAGAGAUCCUCCUGCUGCAGAGACUACAGCACCCUCAUAUUGUCAAGCUGAAAGGUCAGUGCCAGGACAGUGCCCUGGUGGGUGGCAUCACAGCAGUGCUGGAGCAGGGAACCCCAGUGCAGAUGAUUCAGCUCCUGCAGAGCCCCUGGGAAGAGCGCUUUCGGGUGUGUCUCGGCCUGGUCAGGCUUCUUCACUACCUGUCUCUUUCUCCUCUGGGCUCUGUGGCCUUGCUGGACUUCCAGCCUCGUCAGUUCAUCAUGGUGUCUGGUGAGCUCAAGCUGACUGAUCUGGAUGAUGCCACUGUAACGGAGACACGAUGCAGCACAAGUUCGGAUUGCUUGCUGCAGUUUCCGCUGCGCAACUUCACCUUCCCGUGCUCAAGCAGCAGAGUGUGCCAAGGCCUCAAUGAGAUGAGGAACCUCUACAAUGCUUACAGAUACUUCUUCAUCUAUCUGCUGCCUCAUCAGGCUCCAACGCUACUGAAACCUCUUGUGGAUCAGAUAAUGAAUACAACAGGGGAACUGAAACACAGUGUUAACAAAACACUAGAGGCCUUUGAAGAAAUCUUGCAUGUAUACAAAUCUGGGCUGCAUCUACAGAACAUACCUUCAUCUAUAAUUAAAGACUAUGCUGUGCUGAAAGGCAUGGGUACAUCUGGAAAUAAGGAGUACAAGUGCUGGCCUUCCUACAGCCAUCAAGGAUGUGUGCUGUCUGUGCAUAAUGCUGCAGAGGGUGCCCACAUCUGCAACUUUCACCCACAAUGCACCAGCUUCUCCCUGAGUGACCAAAAGACAUGGGCAGGUCGACUUCUUGCCUCAUUCAGAACUGGCUUUAGUCAUCUGGUUCCAGAUGUUAGCUCGACAGUCUAUGUGAGGACGGCCAAAGCCUCAGCAGCUACUCUUUAAGGAGAGGAAAAAAAAGAGAGUGAGACAGAAGGAGAGAUGCUGGGGGGAGGGAGAACUCUGAAGUAAAUGAACGAGAUGUAUUUAUAGGCAUCACACUCAAAAGACUGUUUGAUGUGCCUGCCAGUGCUGCACGCUGCCAAGAGGUGUCUAAAAAGAUUUCGCUUCAGGUAUAAUUACCUCUCCUUACACAAAAAGAAACACCCAGCUCUCUGUUUUUUCCCCUUUGCUGUUGUGUUUGUACGGCACCAUCCAAUAAAAGGAUAUUGAGCUUGUUCCAUACAAGCUCUUACACAGAUUUACUUUGAAGUUAAUGGAGUCAGCAGUUCUGCGUCGUUGUGCUGCAUGCUUAAAUACAGUGUUGGAACAGGCAAGGAAAAGGUACUGAAAUUACAGCUGUGCGGGAGCUGAGCUGUAGUUCUACAACUGAAUACACUGCAACCCCAUUACAAUGAACUCCUUGAGGAACGUCCAAAUAGUUCCUUAUACCGAAACAUUUGUAAUACUGAAAUGGACCCACUUGUCACACCAAACACUCAAGACCAGCUGUGUUUAAUUUAUGCUUAAUUCACUUACAUAUUUACAAAAUAAAGGAAAUAAGUCAUCUUUUCCAUGUCAUAAAAAUAAUGCGAAUAUUGUAAACUUUCUGUUAGUAAAAGUACAUGUGGCACCGAGGGUGUGGUCGAGCGUCAGCUGUGAACGGCAAGGAGUCAGGUUGAACCAGCAGAUAACGUGCUGAGUUACACCUGCGUAGAAUUAAUAGCUGUCUACGUAUUUAUGUGCCUCUAUUGCCCCUUUUCCACCAAAGCAGUUCCAGGGCUGGUUCGGGGCCAGUGCUUAGUUUGGAACCGGGUUUUCUGUUUCCACUGACAAAGAACUGGCUCUGGGGCCAGAAAAACAGGUUCCAGGCUAGCACCAACUCUCUGCUGGGCCAGAGGAAAGAACCGCUUACGUCAGCAGGGGGGUGGAGUUGUUAAGACCAACAACAAUAACAAGACCGCGAAAGAUCGCCAUUUUUAAGCGACGAGAAGCAGCAGCUGUACAAAUGCGAAGUCAUUUAUUAUUAUUAUUGUUGUUGUUGUUGUUGUUGUUGUUGUUGCUGCUGCUCAUUCUUCCGUGUUGUUUUUGCUUCGAAAUUCGCGCCAAGGUUUAUGCAAACGUAGCGACGUAACUGACGUAUACAGCGACAUACCUGACGUAUACAGCGACGUAAUGAUGUGGCUUCCCUUAGCACCGCGAGCUAUGGAAAAGCAAACUGGUUCUCAGCUGGCUCGCAGGUUGAACAAGUUGUGAACCAGCACCAGCACUGGCCCCAAACCAGCCCUGGAACUGAUUUGGUGGAAAAGGGGUAUAUGUGUCGGUCAUGGCGGCACAUUGUUGUAGUGGUUAGCACUGUUGCCUCACAGCACACAGCAAGAAGAUUCUGGGUUUGAGCCCAGCAGUUGAUGGGGGCCUUUCUGUGUGGAGUUUGCAUGUAACCCCCGUGUCUGCGUGGGUUUCCUCUGGGUGCUCCGGUUUCUCCCACAGUCCAAAGACAUGCAGGUUAGGCUGAUUGGUGGCUCUAAAUUGACCGUAGGUGUGAAUGUGAGUGUGAAUGGUUGAGAGGAGAAAACCUCUAUAAUAAUCCAGUAGAAGUCAAUGGGGAAAACACUACUGUAAUGUUCCCUAAAGACUUUGAUGGCUCAAGCCAUCAGAGCGGCCAUGUCACUGUAGUGAUAUGCCAAAAUGGAUGGAUGGGUCAUUCAGAUGGCCAACUGACUACUUUCAUGUUACCCAUAAUGCUUUGUGCCUUGGGGGGGUAACCAAAAUAUAAACAAACUAAAACAACACUACGUCAGACACUGACCAUAAUCUUUCAGAUUUAAAUCUCCCUAAACCCCUCAAAGAAUUAUCAAAACUAAUUAAACCAAAGCUUAAAGAAAUCUGCAGAGCUUUUUCUGUCAAGAAACCAAUCGGUAAAAAGGCGCUUGUAAAUAUCGUAUCGAACGCUUUGAACAUCUCUACUUCAGGUGACAGUCGGCAGCCUUCUUUGUCUGUCAACACGGGUGUUCCAACAGUUACUGACUUGCAGAAGAUAAAAGAUUGACAGAAGAGCUUCAAAGGAUCAAUACUUAUCAUAGAAGAAUCCACAGUGAAAUUGUUUUUGCUGGGUGCUGGUUACGACAAGAAAGCUGUAAGAAAAUACAAAACGCUUCGUGCACGGGAACACAAGCAAGUUGAAGUUGAGGUUGAUCUCCUUCACUCUGAUUUUCCUAGAGCUCAUAUGCUACCAGAUUACGACAAUCUUUGGGCUGUUAGAGGAAGCUGUUAGGAUUACAGGGUCAAAUACGACAUUCGAUCCACCGACAAACACUAAAAAGGGAAGUACAUGUAAGCUUACUGACAGUGGAUCGUUUGUGCUUUGUUUUGGGAGUUGAUCCUUCAAUAAAGUUGUCCUUUUCAGUUCUUUGACUUGUCCUUGUUUUUCAGUAUUCGCACUUUGCAUGACUAAACACAAAGACAGAGGGGUUGUAGGCUUCAUGAUUUGGAUCAUCCAACUUUACUCCACCACUGAAGUGUGCAGAACACAGUCGCGUGUUGUCUGUCGGUGUAAAAUUUUGACGGCGAAUUCUGUCUAACCCAUGCUUUUCCACGCUUAGCCUCUUUAGGUAUUCUAUAAAACUUUAAAAUCAGGAAAAGUCAUUUUUCCCCAUGUGAAUUUGAAGAAAUGACUGAGGUUAUCUGACUUAGUAAACAAAUAUAGUGCCUGGUUACCCCCAAGGUGCAAAGCAUUAUGGGUAUGUGAAAGUAUUCAAUACCAAGAGAGAGAGCUGUGUUCCCCAAUGCACUGUUUGUGUGUGUGUUAAACCUAAAGUCACUGAAAAGUGAACAGAAAGAUACAUUUAAAAACAAAAAUGCCUCUUGACCUGUCAUGCCUGUCUCCCAGUUCCUCAUUUCCCCAACAUACAAACUGUUACAGUACAAUACUAGUGUCCCAUCAGUUUUACUUGCCAAAGAAGCUUGUAAUCCUGAACUGCUUUUUCUUCCAUGAGUUAAAUGUCUGGGUCUCUAUCACAGUUAAUUGACUGAGUUAAAGGAUCACGAACGGAGACGAUGAUUUCUUUGUGUGUUAUGGAAAUGACAGGUUACCGGUGUAUCGUUGUCAAUGUCACCAAGCUUCAAUUUUCAGUUCAUUCAUGUGUUGCAAAUCACCGAUGAUGUCAGCAGUCAUUUUCUCCUUUUAUCUAUCCUUUGUUCACCGUUCUUGAUAAUUGUUAGUGCUCAACACCUAAGCCAGGCUAUUUAAGCCUUUGUUUUAUAGCGUUAACACGUAUUGUGAACUUGACUGUGGACUUGAAUACUUAUUUGUCUCUGGGGGAAGAGGAGUGCAUGGCUCAGUGAUGUGUGUGGGUUUUUUAUUUUAUUGUAAUUUUAAUUUUUUGAAGGCUCUGACUCAUUGUCACUAAAGGCAGGGGACACAAACGUAGUGCGAAAGUUCGUAGUAAAAGGGUUCGUUAUAGUGGGGUUGCAGUGUAGCUGUUUAGGAUAAUUUUACUGACCACUGCGGUUUUGUUUUGUUUUUUUGAGUCUACAUUUUCAUCCAGUGGAUGUGAUUUGAUUUAGUUCUUUCAGAGAAAGUGUUACUGUUACUUGACAUUUUUUAUACAU